AUCGAAUAAAUGGACAUGGCCGUCUGCUCUACCCAAGCUGAGCCUGAGCUGACAGUUUUGGAUUGAAAGAAAGAAAAUGGGACUGAAACUAAAUCAUCUGGCCUAGCCUUGAGAGAACCGACGCUAGUACUUUUAGACGUGGACUGCGACCAACAUAAAAAUCUGCCAGUUUGUUGGCAAUUUUGCACGAGGGAAGAAUUUUUCGGGAGAGAUUGUCAACAUGCAAAAUGGGUGUCGUUCCCGUCGAAUGCACAACCACGGGCGGGAACAAGUUGAAUAGAGAACGCGAAGAGGUUGCGGUGAAGGUGGGAUUCCCCGGUGGUGAUCAUGAUGAAUUUGAUAAAGUUGAUGCUAAGAUGACCCCGAGACUACAAAGCUUUGAUGGAUUGCUACAUUGUAAACUAGAAACUCUACAUUUGCAGUGUGAGCUUGAAAGUUGAUGGCUGAUGCGUAUGGUUUCUGAGGCAAAGAAAAUUAGAAUAGAAUAGAAACUGAACUUUCUAUUCAGUCAAGUUUGUUGGAAUUUCACUUGUCGUCCUGUGCAUGAUGAGGAAACAAGGUCGCAAGUUGUUCACUGAUCACUCAGUGCUGUCCAGCCUCCUUCAUCGCAUCGGAAAAGAUGAUGACAAAGACAGACGUUUAUCUGCUUGCCAGCAGCUCCUGGACUUUCUUACAAACAAGGACCAUAGCAGGGAGAUUCAGAAGCAGAACGAGAGUAUUCUGAGUACCAUAUCUUCGGUGUUGAGUGAAAGAUUGUCUACUUCAAUCAAGCUGGAGCUGUCUCAGUGUAUUGCAGCUGUGUCUGUUCAUGCUGGGCAGGAUCUCAAAAGGUUCUUUGGAUGGGCUUUCAACAAAUUCCAGAAAUCCAGCAAUGAUGAAUACAAGACGUACGUGCUAUAUGCUGUAUUCCAAGCUCUUAGAAAGAAUAAUACCAAUCCCCGUCUUCCUCCCUUGAUGAAUGGCAUCAUGAAUGAUCUUCAGGUUACACUAGAGAAUGUUGACACACCAGAUCUGUUGGUGUCAGUCAUGAACAUUGUCCAUUAUGUAUCCCAGCAGUAUCCUAAAGUCUUCAGUGCUUUCUUCAAGGACACUGUGGACAUUAUAGUUGGUUGGUACAUUGACACAACCCAGAAGGAAGCCCUUUUGAAGUAUUGUGAAGACUCGCUUUCAAGUUUCUGUCGCUUCUGGCAAGCUGAUCUUGGUUUCUCAGCGAAUUUACUAAGCCAAUUCCUUGAAGAUAUGGAGGCAUAUGCUGAAGAUUACCACCAGCAAACGCAGGCCUCCGGGGUCAGAGGUGGUUCCGCUCCUCCAAGGAAUGAUGUUUAUGAUAACGAUGAGAUCCUAACGCCAGAUGUCUGUAAAAGCAAGAUACUCUCACUUAUAAGGGUAUAUACGACAGUGGUGAAGUGUCUUGACAAGGAGUUUGUUCCAGUUAGUAGUCCUCCCAUCACAGUAGAAUACAUUUCCCAGGUUUUGAGUGGAAUACCAAAGUGUGCCAGGAUCUUGAUGUCUGAUUCCUCCGACCCAGCCCUAUCCCACAUCACAACAAAGUGCCUGAUUGCCAUCCUAGAUUGUAUCCAAGAUAACCUUCCCAAAUGCAAACAUGACCUCUUCACCUUUGCCCUUUCGGAGGUUGAAAGGAUGAUCGAGUCUGAGCAAAGACCAGCGUCGGAUUUAGUGCUUCACAUGACUUUGUUGUACAAGGUCAUCAGAUAUAGUAGAGAGUUGGUACCUGCUGAAAUCAUCCAGAGACUCCUAGAACCAGUGUCCAAGAUUGCUUCUCUCAAGUACCAUACAAAUCCAAAGGUGGUAAGCUGUCUGAUGAAAACUGUUCAGAGUCUACUGAGUGUGAAAGAUGUCCCUACCCUAGAAAUCACCUAUGGGUUCUUGCUGCUUGACCUUCAGUCGUCGUACAACCGACUUCUCUCCUACUUGAACAGUGAGGUCAAAUGUCAGUUGACCUCUGAGGGAUGUAAUGGCAUCAAGGACACAUCAGUCUUAGAUAGUAUCCAAGGAGCGGAGUUGACCGUCACCUUCACCUUAGCUGCCCUUUCAGAUAUCAGUUCAGCAAAGAGCUCCAUCAUGGGGAUGUGGGUGUUUUCCCCAAGCAUCUUUGACCUGUUGACCCUUCACCUUUCUCCGACCCACUGGGAUAUCGCUUUAGGCUUCCCAUCCACCUACUACACCAUACUGCACAUGCUUUAUACACAUUGCAAGAGUAAUGGUCACUUUAUUUCAAGUAGCUUUGGUCUGACAGCUGCAUCUAAGACGAGGAUGAAUUUCUCAAGGAUUCUUGCUCUCCUUCCUGAGGUCUUGACCAACCCAGCAGUAUCGGAUGAAAGCAGGAGCCUUGCUCUUUGUUGGAUGUUGAGUAUCUUACAAUAUAUUCAGCAGAGUAGUUACUCAGCAGUCUAUCUCACUUCAGCAUUCACACAAGCAGUAUCAGCCUUGGUACAUGUUGCGCUCCAUGAAGAUCCCUCUGUGGCCCUACAAGCAGCUCAAUGCAUGGGACUGGUCAUCAAGAAUGCUAGACCUCCAAAAGAAUUCCUUGUCAGCUGCCUGGAAGUGUGUCGUACCAGACUAGUUAGCUGUGAUGAUGAUGUCAAACGGGCAUUUACAGACCUCAUGCUAACCCUUCCUUGUGACAUCUUAUACAGCUCUGACAUUGCCCCUGUAAGCCCAUCCCAGCACUCUGACGAUAAGCGGGAUGGACGGGAGAACAGCAGUGAUGAUAUCAUCCAGAACCUUCACGUCCUGCAGAGAGCCAGACAGAAACACAUGGGAAGCAUACCAAAUACCACAUUCAACUCUCACAACUACAGGACAGUCAUGGCUUAUAUCCUCAUGGGUGAAGCACCCAAAAAUCCUAGAUGGCUUGAAAGGCUUUUCCACAGCUGUCAGAGGCCACACAACAGUAUACACAAGUACGAAAAGGGCAGCAUCACCUUGCCAGCUUUUAUAAAUGACAAUGAGGCUGUGCAGUGGUUUUGGGCUACCUGGGAAGCAGCAAACUUCUGUGUCCUGUCAAAGUUGCGUACUCCACUCGGGAAGCCUCAGGAGACGUUCACUGCAAUACGAUCUGCUCUGAGUGAGUUUAUCACCGAUAUGAAAGUGGAAGAUUCCGGUUCCUCAGGCAAUGACAAGAUAACUGCAUUCAGUGAAGAAUACAAGAGUGCUCAGCUAAGACCCAUCCUACUACUACAGUAUCUGGAGCAUUUAGAGAAGCUCAUGUACAAUGCGUAUGAGGGAUCAGCCGUAGCUCUUCCUUCAAUGCCAAAGCCUGUGAAAGCAUUCUUCCGGACAAACCGUGUGACGUGCCAUGAAGGUUUUGCCUUGGUCCGUCCCCUGGCAUAUAACUUGGCCAUGCACUGCAGUCAGUAUGCCAGUGCCUUACACCAUGCUAUUACCAUGAUACAAGACCUUGUAACCAAAAACAAAACAACAGGCCAUGCAUUUGAAGAUUGCCUUCAGCGUGUAAUAGCACCCUUAGUGAAGCUACAGUGUCCUCAGUCCAUCCAGGGCUUGCAGUCUUGGUGUGAGAAGGUCGUUGGAAGAUCAUUCAGUUGGCCCGAACCGAUGGUACUCAAGGCAGAUAAAAGGUUCGAGUCGUGUGUGACGGACACCCUCUUGACCAUCAAGGAAUACCUGAAUCUAGAUGAGAUCCCAAACCAUGCUGAUCUUACCAAGGCUACCAGACACACCAAAGGAUCUACACGGGCCUCCUCACCACCUGAUAGCCCCCCUGGAGGAAGGGAUGGUAUGAAUCCCAAGCUACUCACCAGGGGUAUGGAACCACCGCCUCCCUCGCAAAGUGGUGUAGUGGUCGAGUACCUCCUGCAUGAGGUGAUGGAUUGCUAUGAGCGAUUGACGGACUAUAGUAGUGCCCUCAAGUGGCAGGAGUCCGUAAAGUUGUUGCGAGGGAAGGUUCACUCAGCUCUGCAGGGUAAUGUCAAGCUUCCAACCGAUACCAACACUCUUCAGGCAUUACGUCACUUUAACGAGAGGGAGUUCCCCUCUGUGUCUGACCAGCUAGCCUUGAUUCCAGGCAUGUCAUUGGAUGAUCUGAACCCGAAGGACACUACAGUAGGAAUCGCAACUGUCCACUCACCAACGCUCCUCUUGAGGGCAGGCCAGCUGGAGCAGGCUAGGGCACUCACCCACUACCACCUGUCUGGGUGCGCCAGUAGCUUCCCAACCACCAGUAACAGGGGUGUUGUUUGUACCCAUCCUCAGCUGCCCCUUGUUGUAGAGGUACUACAUACAGUGAGUAAGCUGGCAGAUAGCAGUCUUCAGAUGAUGUGGAUGGAUUGGCCUGUUGUUCCCACUCCUAGUCAUACCAUGCUUCUACAGACAACUGACAUCAUCAAGAAAACCAUUCAGGAUCCAUCACAGCUGUACCUGUUGCCUCAGAGUAGUGAUCUUCAACUGAACCCAUCCCAACAUGAUCUGACCAUGAUGACUGAAGCUACACGAGUCACCUCUUAUCAACUACAUCUACACUCUCGGGUUAAUUCAGACAACAACAUGGGGACCAUCACUGACCUGACCUGUCACCUAUCCAAGCUGCGACUAGCUACAUCCCGUCUUGCUCGGAAACAGACCAACUUCUUGGCUGCUCAACAGAUACUCCUAGAACAGCUGGACUUCAUAGCUCCACACACAGACAAUUCUCAGAACUUGGACAAGAAGUUGAUGAACCUUGAGAUCCAUGCUAAGAAGCCUGCCCAGCCUCUCCUGACAGCACUCUCCACCCUAGACCCACAGACCUUCACAUCCUUGGAUGUCCUACGCACAGAGCGAGAAUGUUCCAAGCUCCUUCACUCAAUGGGUAACCAGAUAGAUUCCUGGGCACAGCUCUCCAAGACAGUUGUCCACUACGCCACCCUUGCGGCCAACUCGACCUACGUUAUCCUUCCUUCAGAUGCAGCGGACAUGACGGACCUCUGCGCCAGGUCGCUGCUGAGCAUGGUCAAGUGGAUGACUGCUGACUACAGGACUGCCCUGCCGUACCUGAAGCAGUGCCAUCGGCUUGACCUGGGUGAUGCCCCUGAACUGAGCUGCAGCCUGGGUAUACUCCUAGAGAUGGAGAAACAUGGAGCCUUGCAAGGGUUUGGGCUGGCUGCGUAUGGUUCCAGAGAAGCAGAUGUGACGAACUUGAUAGGACAGAGUCCAGCAGUAAGUGAUACUGAUGCUGUCUGUGGAAGACUUCUUCAUCUUGGUAUCAUGCAGUCACCGAGCCUACCCAAAGCAUGGUCUUCUCUUGCUUCCUGGUGCUACCGCUGGGGACGCAAGGCUGUUGACAUGGCAAGUGAGGACAAAGGAGUGGCUCUUACAGAGGGUGAGAAGGCAACAGUAUUGUCUGUGCUGCCAGCUGAAAUAACCAAUGCUGAAACAGACGAGAUCUUGAGAGUUCUGAGUCAGGCUCACUGCACCAUCAGCAGUGUGCAAGAAGAAGAUAUAGUUGAACAAGGACAGGCCCACUACCAUGAUGGCUCUGAGACCACAAGACUGCUGCUGAUAUCAGUGUGUCCCUCCCUCGCUGACAUGGAUAGUUCAGUGCUAGAACAUCUCCUGGAUGUGUGGGCUGGGGUGUGUCGAAGGAUCUUCUCUCAUUAUCGCCUCUCCGUCUGGAGCUACUUCACAUUUCUCAAGCUUAAUGGAGGGAAUGCCCUUGACAGUAGAGACACUCCCAUGACGCAGCUGAACACCAGCAGCAACAAUGCCAAGACGGAACUGAACCUGAACAACAGCAGCGCAGGAGGAACAGGAGGAGUGGGCGGAGGACAAGGGAAUGAGACUGAGAGCAUGGUAGGAUUUGGUAGACAGGAAGAUAACAACAUCACAGCCACCCUCCGUCUGCUGAGACUGCUCGUCAAGUAUGCUUCUGAACUCCGAGAUGUCUUGGAGGAUGGAUUCGCUACCACGCCCACAGGACCUUGGAAAAGUAUCAUUCCUCAGCUGUUCUCUCGCCUCAACCACCCCGAGGCUUACGUUCGUCAGAGUAUCUCUGAUCUUCUAUGUCGUAUUGCUAAGGACUCGCCUCACCUGAUUGUCUACCAGGCUGUGGUAGGAAGCCCUGAUACUGGCACUGCUGAGGUUGAGAACCAAAUAGCCCAGCCGAGUUCCAUCACCAACUUCCUGACCAGCCCCCAGGUCAACCCUCUCCAGGAUGGCCUCCUGUCCUCCUCCCAGCAGGGCGACACUGACAGCCAGCAAGGAGAGCAGGAUGUCUCUCAGGAUGUUGGGGAUGAGGAGGAGGAGCGGAAGCAGCACAAUCACUCCAUGCACCUGCUUGAGGAUUGCCUGAGGGCACUGGUCUCCACGCUGUCCUUGCACGAUCCCAACCUUGUGUCUCAAGUGGAGGUGCUGGUCCAGGAACUGAGGCGGAUUACGUUGCUGUGGGAAGAGGUGUGGAUUGGGACCCUCACACAGAUACAGUCAGAUGUCACCAGACGACUGGAGAAACUUGAAGAAGAAGCCAAGAGAGUUUCCAGGAAUGAAAGCCUAGAACAUCGACAGAAGAGAGCUUUGAUGAUGAAGAAACAUCAAGCCAUCAUGAAACCGAUUGUGUUCACACUGGAACAGUUGAGCCAGAUCACCAGGAAGCCAGCAGACACACCCAAUGAGAGGGCAUUCCAAGAAGCCUUCAAGGAUCAGCUAGAGUGUGCCAUCAAGUCUCUCAAGUAUCCUGACAAUCCUGAACAACCUCAACAAUCAUGGGCUCCAUUCAAACAGCUUGGACACAUGCUUCAGCAACGUUCCAAUCGCCGCUCCACCUUCUUGCUUCAGAUGAGUGAGAUCAGUCCUAAGCUAGCCAAGAUGAAAUCAACAGCCAUUCCUCUACCUGGUCAUGUCUGUCAUACAAAUCAGGUUAUUCAUAUAGAAUCUUUCAUAAAUACAGUCAACAUCCUUCCUACAAAGACCAAACCUAAGAAGCUUGUGUUCCUAGGAUCUGAUGGUAAGAAAUACACCUACCUCUUCAAGGGUCUGGAAGACCUUCAUCUGGAUGAAAGGAUCAUGCAGUUCUUGUCCAUCGUCAACUGCAUGUUUGCCAGGAACAAAAGACAAGAUGCACCACUUUUCCAUGCAUGUCACUACUCAGUCACCCCUCUUGGACCUCGUUCUGGUCUGAUAUCCUGGGUUGAUGGGGCUUCUGCUCUAUUCAGUCUCUACAAGAGAUGGCAACAGAGGGAAGCUGUAGCUGCUGCUGCUUCUAAGGUUGGAGAUAGUAACAACCCGCCUCCAGUGGCUAAACCCAGUGAAAUCUUCUACAACAAAGUGACAAAGGCACUCAAGGAAGAGGGUCUGUCUAGCCAAACUCCUCGGAAGGACUGGCCUCUGAGCAUGAUGAGAAAGGUCUUACAAGAACUGGUGACUGACACUCCAGACUAUCUACUUGCAAAGGAGCUGUGGUGUAGCAGCGGCAGUGCCUCUGAAUGGUGGCAUCUCACCCAAGCGUUUGGCCGAUCUACUGCAGUAAUGUCUAUGAUUGGUUACAUCAUCGGUCUGGGAGACAGGCAUCUGGAUAAUGUAUUGGUUAAUUUCGUAACUGGCGAGGUUGUUCAUAUUGACUAUAAUGUGUGCUUUGAGAAAGGGAAGAAUCUCAGAGUUCCAGAGAGGGUUCCUUUCAGGAUGACUCAGAAUGUCCAAGCUGCAUUGGGAAUCACUGGAGUUGAGGGUAACUUCCGUCAGUCCUCGGAGGAGGUUCUGAAGAUCAUGCGCAAGGGUCGCGAGACCCUACUGAACCUGCUGGAAGCCUUUGUGUAUGAUCCCCUGGUGGACUGGACCACAGGGAACGAUCGAGGGUUCGCUGGAGGGAUCUACGGCGGUGGUCAGGUCAAUCCAGCUGCUCCUGAUGUGGGACUGAACAAGAAGGAGGUGGAGGUGGAGAUCACCAGGAGCCUCUUCCAGUCCAGGGUGUUUGAGAUGAGGGAAGCUUGGAUGCAAAAUCAAGAGGACAUGUUGGAUGCAAUGGUAAAGCUUGAGGAGCAUCUUGAUUUCCUUCUUGACGAUGUUGAAGAGAAGAAAGAGUUCGAAGGUGAGGUUAAGAGGUUUGAACAGCACCUACAAGAAGCACAGACGGCGCUCAAGGACAAGACCCAUUCUCUGCAUAGUCUCAAUGAAAGAUACCGUGAACACAGACAACUGCUGGAAACCAGAGAUAAAGCAUUGAAAUCGGUCGAAGCACAGCUCCAAGAUUUCAACAACCAUCACAUCCAACACAAGAUAGCAUUAGAAGCCAUUCAAGAUCUAGCAGCUCUUAGCCAACAGGUUGAACAACCACUGGAUGUCGGAGCACCAAGCUAUGUACCUGCUGUGAGUUUCCUACAGAAUGCUGGCCAAGCUCAAAUCAUCCAACAGUGUGAACAAGCUGAGAGUGAGAUGGAGAAGGUUCUUAAACAGAGGAGAGAGCUGGUAGUUUCCUGUGUGGAGAUUCUCAAGGCUUACUAUAGCAUGGUCACUCUGUUCCCUCCCAAUUUCUAUGAGAUGACACGUACUUAUGUAUGGCACCAGUGGUUGCAGCAGCUACAACAGUCAUUUACAUCAGACAUGUGUGCCAACAUCCUAGCAAGCUUCAAGUCGUGUUAUGCUCCGCCCACUCCUGCUAGAAUCCAGGAGGUGGUUGCCAUGGAGAUUCAACUGCAGGAUCUGGUUGGUACGACAGCAGCCAAUCUUUCCAUGGCUGCUGACUGGACGGUAGGAAGCGUUGAAAGAGAAACGGCAGCAGAGGGUCAGAUGGCGCACAGCAUGGAAGAACUAACACACUGGAUCAAAGAACAUGAAAGUGCAGCACCCCCACUUGUGACCAUGAACAUGAUGAAUCUACUUCACAUGUAUUCUAGCACAACACUGCUCAUGGAAAAUGCUAUGUCAGCCAACAUGUCUCCUGAGUACUUGUCUCGUAAUGGCCGCUGGUUUCUGAAUGAACUAAGUGGAACCCUUGUCAACAUAGAAUCAGUCAUGGGGAUCAUAUCGCUAGGCAUAGAGCCUGAAAAUGAAGACCCAUGUUCUCUACCCAACCUGAUCUCCUGCUUCAAAUCAAUAACUGCAGUCUACGAACAACUUCAGACAUUGCUGCAGCACUUCAGUGAUGUUGCCUCUGAGGCAGUCAGGUUGAUCCAAAGCCGUGAUGCUUCGGUUGUGUCCUCUCUAGCUGCCCUAGAUGCCCUAUGUACAGACCCUCAGGUUCCCUUGCAGAGUGUCAUCUAUCAGGUCGAAACUGAUCUUCUUGCAGCAGAACCUAACUCACAGGCUCCAUCUUCAGAACUAGUCAAGGAGCUCCGAGCAAAGUUUGAGAGUCUUCUGCAUCCAUCAGCUAGGACAGUCAAGCCACCAGCAGACGAGACUCCUGAUCCAGCCGCUUCUCAGCCUCCCACCAUGGGUCAGAACCUGCUAGCAGCCAUUCAUGUCCUUUUCAAGAGACUUGGGCAGAGUCUAGAGGAUUUUGCAGAGUGCUGGGACAAGGUUUCCUUCCCUCAAGAGUGGUUCAGGGUGGAUGGCGUGUUCUUUGAGGCUGUCAGCCCGAAGACAAUGACUGUGAGUAGCUACACCAUUCCUUUGUUGAGUGAUCUCUUCUUUGUAAAACAGUUGGAGGCUGCGCAUAGCUGUCUCACCAAGUGUCGAAACCAUGCAUUGGCUCUCUCAGGUCUACCCCAUGAAUUGACUGAUAAUGGUUUAGUAUAUCAGGAUACCAAUGAACUGUUAGGGUUCAUUCAUUCAGAAGAGAUGCUAGUCAGACCAGUCAAACUCUUCAUUGUGGAUUUCAUCUCCACCGCACUUCUUGGUAUCCCAUCCACGAUCCUUGGCCUGUGUGUGUGUUGCCUGGCCCAUCAGAUUGGCUUGGAUACCACCAACCCUGUCAUCUACCAACCACACAAUGGUCCAAUGGAUGCGCUGUACAAACUGCCUCUGGAUGAUCUGUGUCAGAAGGCAGCCAAGGAAGCUGUAGAGACAGGCAGGGUGGAUGGACCUGAAGGCUCACCGGUCCAGCACUUCAUCAGGAUGUAUGACACGGCCAGCAGAGCAAGAGGGGAAGCCUGCCAGCAACAACAAAGCCUUGAGCUAGCUCAAGAUGUAAACCGUAGAGCUAAGACCCAGCUGCUGAGAUUCCAAUGGCUGUAUGAAGACAUCCUACAGGCAGGCGGACCUGAAAGGGCUGGAUAUCAGUUUGUCGCACCUGCCAGGUCUGCCAUCAUGUCCGACAUGAGGAAGCGUCUUCAAGCCCUUCAGGCCAUUGAGGGCGCUGUAGGGACAAUGCAGGAGCGUGCUCUGGGUGUACAGGGAAGAGUAUGUCAGCGGUUGAAGUGGGCUGCAGGAGCUAACCCUUCACUGGCUAAUGUUAUGAAAGAUGUAGACACAUCUAUUCAGGUCAAGACACAGCUUUACACGCUUGAGACAAAGAGAGCAUCAGAAGUUGGAGCACUUUGUCAUGCCAUCCUCCACUUUGAAGGAAUGAGAACCCGUACAUCAGAAUCUGUGUAUGCUGACAAUAGCUUCCAUGACAUGCUGCAAAGAUGUCUUCAGGUUUGUAACUCCUUGGUAACCAGAUCAUCCAAUCUAAGCCCAGCUGAAGAGGAUUAUCUAGCCUUGAAACCUUUGACCAUUGAUAAACCUAUCAACAACAAAUGGAUCAAGGGACUCUCGGAGUCAAUCCGCAAGAAGAUUGUAGAACUCCAAGGCAAGGCUGCUGAAGCUGAGGCAAAGAUAGAGGCUGACAAGGAAACAGUCCAGACCAUGGUUGAUGUGGUCAAGAUGGGUUUGACCACCCAUAAUGAACUAAUGUCAGAGGUCAAAGGCAUGCUGAGGGUCAUUGCUGAGGAUGAGGAAGGUGGUCGUGCUGGGAUGGCUGAAGCUCAAAGAUUCAAGACCUUCUACAAACAAUAUUCAGAAACCUUUGCAACCAUGCUAGGCAAGAUACUGACAACAUCAUCUAAUGAGAAUGGUGAAAAGCUGCAAGAACUGAUUGAGGUCAAGCCCACGAUCAACUCACUAAUCGACCAUGUCAAAGGGAUGUACGAUCGUUUGGUUAGCAUUGCUACACAAUCUACAGAGGACAAAGAAGAGGACGGAGAUGAGAAAAAUGUUGUGAAUGGUUCCACCGAGGCCCCCGGGACCACUGACAACAAACCCACCAAGUCUCUAGCAGGGGAACAGGCCGAAGAGGACCCCAAACCCCCUCCACAAGGGAAGGUCACCACCAAGCAACAGCAGCAGGUUAAAAUCAGGGAGAUACGCCACUCUACUCCACCGGCUGCCAAGCAGGGAGGGACCAAGGGUUCACCAGCCAUCAUGCGAGACCCUCGGACCGGUAAGAUCAUCCAGGUGAGGAACACCUACGCCAUCAACGUCUGGAGGAGAGUUAAAGGCAAGCUGGAUGGUAGAGACCCAGACCCUGCUAAGAGGCUCGCUGUCACAGAACAGGUUGACUAUGUGAUCAAGGAAGCAACAAGUAUAGACAACCUGGCAACCCUGUACGAGGGCUGGACGGCCUGGGUGUGAGGGAGACCACACCCACCUACCCGAUCCCCCCUGCCGGGGAUUGUGGGAUCAACCAACCAACAAAUCGUAGAGAGUGAGAGAGAGGCGGUGCCAAGCCGCUGACAUCCAGACAUCACGAGAAGCAGGCCCCGCCCCUCUGUUCAAGAGACUUUUGGAGUCGCCUUACAAGGGGGGCAGGGGUUUAGAUCUUGCUGGCUUUAGGUGAUACGUGGAUGGAAUUGGAGCUCUUAUCUGGCUGUAGGAUGCAAGGCUGAAAUCAUGUCUCAUGCUGCUUUAAAGAGGAAAUAUAAACAAAGCCAUUAUGAGGGGCCAUUUUGAAACAUUGAUGAGAAUAUUUGUGAAACUUACUCGCUGAUUCACAUGCCAAUGAAGUUCAAGCUAUUACUCAAGUACGUGUAUCGGCUGAUUUUCCAACAUGGUCAGGGCAAAAUAUAGUCUUACCAUUGAACAAUGAUUGCAAGAAAAUGCUGGGCUUUUUUUCAUAACUGACCUUUUGCUGUAUUCAUGGGAGAAAAUGAUAAGUCUAAAACAUAGGAAAUGCAAGAAGGCGCCUCUUGUUUUCAGGCAACAGUCCACAAAUCAAUUACCCUAAAGUUGGUCAAGCAUGCCCCCUACAAUAUACUGAUAAUGUAGAGAAAGUGGCUACCACUCUCAUUCGAUCAGUUGAUUGCCCCUCCAUAUGUUUUGUCAUUAAAAAUAUUGAAAUCUGUUCAGUUUGGUUCUCCCGUUCCCCCAACUCAUUGAUAAGUCAACUGAUAAAUCAUCGCCAAUCUCCUUAAAUCAAAUAUAAUUUUGAUGAAGCUAUUGAAAAUGUGUAAAGUAGGUGUCCUUUUCAUAGACUUAUGCCUAUAUGGUAUCACACAUCCUAGGAAUUCACACCAAUGUUAGAUGAAACUGUCACUAUUAAAUUGAUUUCUGUCCCAAUCCUCCCCUCAAAGAAACUUGUUGAUCAGCCAAUGAAUUUCUUUCACAACAAAUCAUCAAGGUAGAUGCAGCAUGAAUAUGAAAUAUUUCUUCAAGCAGCUCCCCUCCAUUGCACUAUUACAACACUACACAACAACUAGCAAUUAUGUAUUUCUUCCUUCUGAUGCACACUCUGUAAAAUCUCAUUUGAUUGAAACUUGUGAAAAAAUUUCAGUAUUUUGCUUGUACUGAUAGUUGGGGCAUUUUAUUUCUACAUUAUAUAUUUUCCCUAGAAUAUCAGUUAUACAUCAUACAUAUUUGUGAAAUAUUAUCCAGAGUGACUUUCUCUGAGAUCUCUGGUAUUUUCAUCAAUUAUGUGUGGCAGAAAUUUUGGUCCUUUUUGUUGGAGUACCGAAUAUCAUUGGUGGAAGCAGCAAUUUUACAGAAUAUGUGAAAAAAAUUAUUGAUCUCAUUUUCAGCAAGUACAGACUAUCGUUGGAAGUUUCAACAAUUAUACAACGUAUUGGUAGUUUCACGAGUAUUCUCACCCAAUGCUUUAUAUUUAUCAUUGGUUUCUUUAAGUGAUGGAGAUGGUUUUCUUCAAAGAAUGAGAGCAUGCGUUUUGUCAAUAGAGACAUGAUGGAGAAUUAGCCGAUUGCAAAGCCAUGAGCUCGAAGAGACACAGGGUUUCUCAUCAGUCAUAGAGGACUGAGAGCUUGGAAUGAGACGAUCAUAGAGAUAAUGCUAAAGCAUUGGUUUGGGUUCAGGAGCAAGGGCUUGCUUCUGUAUGGGAAAGUCUUGAUUAAAAGGUUAGCCUAUGGGAUGGUGAAGAAAUAGAAAUGUCCAGAGUGAAUGAGGAAUCAAUGCCCUUGGGUCGGUCGCUGACCUGUUCAUCAGAAUUGGAAGAUAAGAAUAUUUCAGGUGGAUCCUGACUUGAGUUGAUGAUUAUUUCAAUAUUCUAUAGCAUUGAUAGAUGCUGAGGCCGUUGCCUUUGUAUUUGAGCAAACCAUUUUUCAAGACAGUCAUUUUCUAUCAGGUUGUCAUUAUAAUUAAUCGCUGAUAUCAUUUCAAGUUUGUCAACUUGACAGUCAAUGUCAGGAAUGAACUUAAACAAAACCCACAAUUCCUUUGACUGUUGAUUUUGAUCAAGCGUCGUUGAAAGUGUUGCGAUGGGAUUUGCGCCUGUGAAUUGACACAGAGUGUUAAGAAAAACAAACAAUCCCAGCAUCAUUAAUUCAAAAGAAUUAUCCUGUCAAAGAAAUUAAUUGACAGAAAUUCUAGCACAGAUUUGCAAAUUGGUUGCAUUUUCUUUCCUGAAGUUGUAUAUGAAUGAAAAAUGCGCUCGAUUAGACUUGUGAACGUGUUCAUAUUUUGUUUUUCUGUUUCACUUGCAUGUUUCCUUAUAGACUUAACAUUAACUCUGUAAUUGUAUUCUGGUUUGUAUGGUGUAUGUAGUAAGAAAUCCCCUCUUUAUAAUAGUGUUCCCAUCACAUAUUUUAUGGUAGAUAUGGUAUUGUUAAUUCCUUGCAUGUUAUUGAGAGGGGAAAAUCAUCUUGCAGUAAGCGCGAACUUCAUUAUAAAUAAUCAUAACAAAAUGAAAAAUAGUAUUUUCAUUGUAACUUUUGUUAUUCUCCUUACUUCAUGUUCUAUGUAUUUCCAAUGAGAAAAAGUUCUAUCUUGUACAUAUCCACCAUAAAACAACAAAUAAGUUGCUCUUUGGAGUAUUAUAGUAUAGGGUAAAACAGAAAGAGAUUGGCUAGGGAUGAUGAAAUCUGUUUUAGGUACUCUUUAUUUUCUGAGAUGUAAAUGUAAUAUAAUAUUCCAUUAUCUGUCAUUAUUCCAGGAUCAGAUUAGAUGUACAGCUUACACUUUUCAGUGUUUGAAAAUGAUUUACCCACAUUCAUUUUAAAGCUGGAAACUCACUGAGUCUUUUGAUUCAGGUAGCUUUCAAGUAACUUAACUCGGGGAAAAGGUAUAUGAGAAUUAAUUGACUAUAUGCACUUACUAAAAGAAUUGUGCAGUUUCAGCUUUAGCCAUAGUCCAGUGAGUUUAGUCGACCCUUUUAUGUCCUAGGGCUCGUAUCACAAAGCUUAGAUAUUGAUCAUACAAUUGAUAUGUACAGUAUGCUUGAUUCUAAAUAGUAAUCAAACAUAAAAUCAGCCUUAUGAUCAAUCAUUAAGCUUUGUGUUAAAUGGGGAUCUGGACAUUACAUUAAAGCCAGGUUUCAUGCUCAUCACUUUUCACACUCACCUUUUCCUUUAUUUUGAAAAUUCUGGCUUACUUACAUUAUCAUCAUCAGUAAGCGGAACAAAAAUCUUGUCAAGACUUCCAGUCCUUCUUUCUGGUAGUUACAUCUUGAUCCUACUUGACUUGUAAUUACCGGUUGCAUGCCUUUCAUGUGGAGGGUGUACGCAUCUUUCAUGGUAACACUUGGUGCUGGCAGGACCAAUGUUUGUCCAGCCUUAUUUUGAAAGAGUCUAAGUGAAGUUCAUGAGACAACCGAUGGAGAAAGACUGUUUCAUAACUCUACUACCCUCUGACUAAAACUGUUUUCUCCCAAGGGUAAUAUUUGACCUUUGUUUGAACAUUUCAAUAUACAUUCUAACUGUAAUUCCAAGUUGUUGUUUUUUUUUCAAGUUUUAAAAUUGAAUUUCUGUAUAUCAUGAAUUUAAAGCUUAGAAUCUGCUCAUUUCAAAUGCAAAAAAUAAAAAGCGGGAAGUAAAAUUUGCAACUUAUUGGUCAUUUUGUGGUGGAGAGACUGGAGGGUCACAAAAUGGCGUACCCAAUUAGUUGCCCUUUCCAAUUCAUUUGUAUGUGGUCUUCAUAUUAUGUUUCAUAUUGUUAUCUUUUCCUCUUUUUUUUUGCAUUUUUUCCCUGUAAGAACCACCUAUUCCUUAUUUUAACAAAAGGUGUUUAUUUAGAGGCUUCAGAUAAAAUUUGAUUACCCAAAAACAUAGCAUGUCAUCAACUUUUAAAUAAAAUUACUCUGUAUUAAUCUUAUGAUUAUUAUUGGGUUUUUUUGCUGUAGAGAUAACAUUUUGGAAGAUUAGCUUUGAUAUUCCUACUCCCAAAAUACAUUUUCAGUGCUGGUAUAUACAUAAUUUAGCUGUAGCAGUGUUGCAAAAUAUCUUUAAGAUACCGGUAUCAAUUAUAUCAUUAAUGUAAACACCACGAUGUUAUUGAUAAACCAAGAAUAGUUUACCAUGUAUCAAUGUAAGAAUACAGAAUACCUAAUAGACUUAUUGAAUGUGUGUUUAUGAUCUCAUUUUAGAUGGAGUUUAAAAUAGUUUGGGAGGUAGAAAUGCUUAAUUAUUAAAAGUAUGUACCUAUUGUAAGGCUUUUGCUAUUGAUAUACUACUCUAAGUGUUCCAUAAUUAAUGUUUCUUUUUGUUUUAUAUGUUAAACAACUAUUUACUCUUCUGAUGGUGUAUUGCAUGAUUGUUAGAAUUAAACAGUUUCCUAACAGAAAA